AGCCACAGUGGCAUGUGUCACGUGUUGAGCAAACAAUCCGAUACGCUUUCCUCAAUUCAAAACUCUCUCUCUGGCUUACUAUUUCUUUUGAUCACUGUCGCAAUGCCAGAAACGAAAAAUAAUAAGCUGCACAACAGGCAGACGAGCUCCAGCCACAACUCAAAUUCAAAUUCAGAUUACGAUACCCAUUCCGGCUCCAGAUAUAGCAACAGUAAUGCUUCUCAGCGGCCGCAGGCAACUGACUUUACGACCAAACAGCAGCUGAAGCUGCGCGCAGGCGAUCUACGUCUGGCUCGCCUGCAGAUCAGCCUGGCCAAACUGCGGCUCGAAAUGGAACACUCUGGCAAGCUAAUCGCUGAACUCUGCAAGAAUGUGGAAGUGGAAAAGAACACAGACAAGAAGCUGUAGAACUUCAGGACCUGCUUCAGUAGACGUCAAGUUUAACAGGAAAACUACAAACAUGCUAAAUUUAUUUGUACAA